CUUGGCAAAUGAGGCCUGUGUAAUACUGCUAAUUUUAGGCCUUUCUCUCUAGUCCAUUCGUUUGAUUUUCCUUACCUAAUCACUCUUGUUUAUCUGUAACUUUCCUUGCUCGUUCCGCAUUUUUCUAUCACGUGUAUUAGGAUAAUCUUUGUAUUAUUAUGAGUAACUUCAUACCUACGUCAAUUAUCAGCAUGUUAAGUAGAUCGCCAUAGCAACCCAGUAUUUUAGGAUAUCGCGCUACCCCACCCCGCUCGUUACUAAGUAGAUUACUUCCUUUCACCGUUUCAUUUACGUAUGUAUAUUGUUUUUAGUUCAGUAUUUAUAGGAGCCCCGUACCUCAUCUUAGGAAGUAAGAAUUAUGGAAAAGUAACAGCAAGAGAAAGCAGUUUAGGCAUGCACCGUUCUAGGGGCAAGAUGCUUGUGAAAGAUCUUGUCGCCUUCGUCGUUUUGAGAUAUUUAUAGAAGAUAUAUCAGUUUUGGAAGACCUCUGGGAUAGUUCUUGAGAAAGAUUAUGCCCAUGUCACGCGUUAAUCAUUAUGCCGUUGUUAGCAUGCAAGUUAUGUAGCUGCCGGGACGAUUUUACCGAAAGAAAAGAAGGAAAGAUUUAACCGAUUUACGUCGCAUCAUUUAUUGGCCAUCCUCUGCUUUUUAAAGGUCCUGAGAAUCAAUCGAUUUAAGCAACAUUUUACACCUGACUACCUCCCUAGAGCGAAAAAGCUAGCACUCGCACUGCUUUACACCCUAACCGAAUCCCGAGCCCCGAGCGAAUAGAACAGGAUUUUGAACCUGAUGCUCCUAGCAUUCAAAACAGGAUACAGAGUAGGUAACUAUUUACUAACCACGGGAUUAGGAAACCCUUUACUCAACACGCGAUUCUGAGCAGGUGACUAUCACGAAGAAGUAAUACUACUCCGGGUAUAAUAUCAGGAGUUAUGCAAUUAAUGAAGAUUAUACAACACUAUUUCCUGGAUCACAAAAUCAUUGCUGACGUGCUAUUAUGCUGUUGAAGCACACUUGCACAUACGAAAGCCCCGGCUCUGUUGGGCUUUUUAACCUAUCGGAAUGGCCCCUUAAGUGUAAUGUUGUAUGGGGGGAGGGGGAGAUAGCAGACAUUCGCUUCAGGUCUUUUAUGUAGUCGAUUCAAAGAGUUGGCUUAUAAUGUUUUCUGAAUCCUUUCCUUUUGCACUGAAUAUGAUUCACCUAUAGUUAUAGAAGGCUUUUGACAUUCGUAGACCGUCGAAAUAGACAUACCAACCACCCCCCCAAAUGGCUCUUCGUGUUGGAAGCGGAUGGGCGACGAAGGAAUUAUCAUCCGAUUUUGGUAGAGUUCUGGCGAUUAACUUUUAACAAUGUUAAGACCGAACUGUUUUUCCAAUCAUUUUUUUGUUUUUGUUACAUGUGAUCUAGAAAAAUAAUUGAAACCUAUUAGUGUAGUACAUGGAAUUCGCCGUUGCCAACCUCUGUUAUAAACAAUCAUGUUGAUACAACAUAACAAUAGGAAAAUGCUCUGUUUCGUUGAUUACAGAUUAAUCACUUACACGUUUUUUAUAAAAGUUUGUUUAGAAAUAUAAUUGUGUGUCAGUUUAACCUUGUAAUCAUGGAGUGUGCAUCAUAAAGCUCUUGAAGUUGAACUAGCAUUUAUAUAUGUCUUCGAAUCUACAUAUUGGGUAAAGCAUUAUCCUAUAAUAACCAAGGGUUACAUUAACGCCCCCUCCUUUUUGAUUAGCCAAUUGGAUUAGGACACCAUAAAACAUAAUAAGAUUCACUCAGUGCACCGGGCCCCCCGGAUAAACACGCUGUAUAUAUAAUCAAUGAUCACUGAAAGCCUCGUGGUCACACACGAUUUGAUUUGUCUCUUCCUGUGGCAAAGAUGGCGGAUGGUAAUAUUGCUGAAACAGACCUUAGGAACGAUUAUGAGCGAUUUGCAGAAAAAGACGUUGUACUUAACUCUCCUGUUUCAGAGCUGAAGGGAAAGGAAGUUUUAGUUUCAGAAGGGAGGCCAACUGCAUGGCUGAUAAUUACGGCAAUAACUUGUUUUCUUGGCUCGUCCUUUCAGUUUGGUUACAACCUUGGAGUCGUUAAUGCCCCGAAAGAUGUUAUCAAAAAGUUCUUCAAUGGUGGCAAGCAGUUUGAAAAUUUGCUUUGGCCAACUGCAGUGUCAAUUUUUGCCAUUGGUGGGAUGAUAGGUGCCUUAGUUGGGCCACAUUUUGCAAAGCGAUUUGGAAGAAAGAAGACUCUGAUUGCAAACAACUUUAUUGCUAUCAUAGCUGGAGUAUUUCUUUUCCUAACAAAGACAACAAACUCAAUAUACAUCUUGAUUGUUGGCAGAUUUUUGAUUGGCAUUGAUGCUGGCAUCAAUACUGUUGUGGCACCCAUGUAUCUCUCCGAAGUUGCUCCAGUUAACUUGAGGGGUUCACUUGGGACCUUGAACCAAUUUGGCAUUGUGACUGGACUUCUCAUAUCACAAGUGUUGGGACUAGAAAUGGUUCUGGGAACAGAAAAAGGUUGGCCAUACCUAUUUGGUAUCACUGCAUUUGUUGCUAUUGCCCAGCUUUGUGUGCUGCCGUUUUGUCCAGAAAGUCCAAGAUAUCUUCUAAUUAUUCAAGAAGACGAAGAGGAAGCAGAAAGAGCGCUGAGAAAACUGCGUGGUGUCACUGAUGUGUCUGCUGAUAUCGAUGAAAUGAAGACUGAAAAGGAACAAGAAGACAGCGAAUCAAAAGUAUCAAUCAUUGGCCUGUUCAAGUCCCCUGUGCUCAGAAGACCGCUGAUCAUUAGCAUCGUCUUGCAGCUUUCACAGCAACUUUGUGGAAUAAAUGGGGUACUGUUCUACUCCACAGAUGUUUUCAAAAAUGUGGGCCUAAGCUUGAAGAAUGCCCAGUUGGCCACAACUGGUGUUGGAGCCGUUAGCGUUAUCAUGACGGCGAUAGUGGUGAGACUUGUGGAAAUACAAGGCCGACGGACGCUUAUGUUAUGGGGCCUUGGUGGCAUGUUCGUGUUCUACAUUUGCAUGACGAUUGCUUUUGUCCAGAAAGUGCAUGCGUGGGCGCGAUGGAGUUCCAUUAUCUUGACUUUGGUAUUGGUGAUCUUUUUCCAGCUAGGCCCAGGCCCAAUCCCAUGGUUCAUAGUUGCAGAGCUAUUUUCCCAAGGUCCUUUGCCAGCUGCAAUAAGUGUGUCUGGGAUGACAAACUGGCUCUCAAGUUUCAUCGUCGGUAUUACCUUUCCUGGCCUACAGGAAAAGAUUAAACCAUACACGUUUGUCCCGUUUAUUGUUCUUGUCUUGCUGUUUUGGCUUUUCACAAAGUUUUUCGUCCCAGAAACGAAAGGAAGAACAGUAAACGACAUUAUGAGAAGCCUUGAGAAGAAGUCGUAUGGUUCUACGGAGCAAGGAGAAAUUCAAUCUUCAAAAGCUCAGCUUUUUGAUUAAAUUUGAAAUUCUACCGUGACCUAGUCACUAUAUAAAUAGGAACAUUAUAUCCUGGAUGCCACGAACGGUCUGCUGUAUUGAGGGGCGCAGUGGCUGGGGACAGGGGUUCAUAGCCCCCACCUAGAGAACCAAAUUUGUCAGAAAAUUUUGGAAAUGUUGCUACUUUGUCGGCGUUUUUUGAAAAAAUGUUUCCUUUAGCAAUACCCCACCCCCUAUCUCUAAAAAACUUCAAUUUUCACUGCGCCCCUGGCUGUAUUAUGCCUUUGUACAUUGAUCUCUGUUUUGACUGCAUUUGAUUGGCAUGCCGUUUUUGAAAAUUCCCUCCAUAGCACCCCUGUACUUUUAUUUAAAUUUUAUGGGCUUUGACACGUUUUUCUCAAUCUAUCGUUUUAAACAAUCAAUCAAUUUAACGAAAACAAAACAGAUUUCCAUCCAAUGUCUACGAGAUCUUCAUGGAGCGAUUUGCCCCUCAAUUGCUACCGCAGCAACAACUGCAAAACAAAAAUUGUAAGGAAAAGAACACAACCUUUUUUUGUGAAGCUCUGAUUUCUAUAAAAAAUAAUUUAGGCCUAAGAAAAUUUUAUCAAAUUCAAUGUUUAUGGCUCCUAGGCCCAAAGUGAUAACACCUCAAGUUCAUAUUAUCCUUUUACCCUCGGUCGGAAACUUGAACGUGAAAUCGAAGACUCGUGACAAAGUGUUACGUAUAUAGUACAGUAUAUAAAAAGAAACGUCAUUUAUAUCAUUCUGUAAAUCAACCAAACAGAUGUUGCCCAAACGGAUAUUACCCAAAAGGAAGUAACCAUUGCAAAGUCUGACAGAAACCAAUUAGAGUCGUAUUUGCUUAUGUUUUUAUGAAUAAAUACGUUUUUGCUCAUAGUUUUUUUUACCAUAAGCGUUUAUUCACAUUCCACUUUAAACUCAUAGGUCUUAUUAAAGCAUUUCAGCACAUUAAAAAGAAAAUAGGUUGUUUUUGUAGCGUCUUAUUUGUCUGUUACAUUAUUAUUCAACUAUGUUUUAUCGUGUUACAGUAUUUCUCACAUGCACGUUUCAUUGGUAUAAAUACCAGUAUUAAGUAUGUAAAAAGAUAAAAAUUGCACACAACGUAGCAAAUAGGCUAGCUGUAGCCGUAACCGUAGCCAUAACCGUAGCCACAGCCAUAACCUUAACCGUAGACUGAGAAGUAUGUAUAGUCCUAGCUGCAAUUGUGUUUUACUCAAUUUUGCAUCGUUAAAUUUGCACUUAAAAAGUCAAAGCGUAUAUUUCUAGUAACAGUGUCAAAAAAUCCUUAGACGACCCGCUUGAUUUUCUUCUUAUUUAAAACUGAAUUUGUUCUUGGUUGACUUAAUUCUCACAGAUAUAAUACAAUUGAAAUUAAUUCAGGUUUUGAAUCAUCACGAUGUAUAGAAGCUAACUGUAAAAUGUGAUUUGGAAAAUGAUUUACUUUGCUAGAAGAA